AUGCCACCGAAGAAAGCGGCAGCCAAGAAGGGUGGAGAGAAGGAAGAGGCACCUAAAAAGGAAGCAAAAGGAGGUACCGCCGUUAAAGUGCGCCACAUACUUUGCGAAAAGCAGAGCAAAGCUUUGGAAGCAAUUGAAAAGCUGAAAUCAGGCAUGAAAUUCCAUGAGGUUGCUGCUCAAUAUAGUGAAGAUAAAGCUCGGUCUGGGGGCGAUCUUGGCUGGAUGACGCGAGGUUCGAUGGUGGGUCCAUUCCAGGAUGCUGCUUUCGAAUUGCCGAAGAGUACUUGCGAUAAGCCCAUCUAUACUGACCCACCUAUAAAAACCAAGUUUGGCUAUCAUGUGAUAAUGGUCGAGGGUAAGAAGUGA